CUGACAACUUUUGUCACUUAAAAGAUCCGCAAACGAAAUGAACACCUUUUACCACCCAAAAUGAUCCGCAGGGAGUCCCUAUCCCUCCACAACCACAAGAAAUGUGACCGUAAGCAGAAACAGAGCAAACUGAGAUAUAAGCGCGACCAGAGGAUAUGGCAGACUCACCGCCACCGACGCCCCCACCACCGCCGUCACCGCCACCCCCACCACCUCCUACACCGCCACCAGCACCAGCUCCUGGGGCUGGUGGUGGAGCUGGAGCAGGGGGCGAUGAUGGAAUCACGCCGUACCUGCCCAUCAUAGGUGGCAUAGCAAUAGGAGCUGGAUUCCUCGCUCUACUCUACUUCAUGGGUACAGGAGAGCCAGAAGUAAAAAAACCGGUAAAGAAGGUCGAACCUGUAAAAGAACGCGAGCGCAGAAACUUCUGCGACUGCGACAGGAUACACCCAAGUAGAAGAAAAUGGCCUAUAGACGAAUAUUGAUGCGAGACAUACUAUAUCCCUACAAUGAAACGUAACACACGACUUUAAAGCAAAUCACUUGUGAAUAAUAAGUAGGAACACUGUGCCAAAGCCAACGAGAAGUCUCGGAAAUAUAAAGCCCGGUGUUCUCUACCGAAAAAUGAAAUAGUGAUUUCUAAAGAAAUAAAUACAACUGGAAUAACUAUUGAAUUUUAUUUAUCUUUCGAACUCGAAAAUAAACUGAAACCAAAACCUACUGAGAGUAGGUACUCUUUUAGGUAAACCUCCUGGAAAUUCCAUAGAUUUGGAAGAAGUUUCACGAUGAGGUUUCAGCAGUUUAUGACAGAACUAAGAAAACUUAUGACAUUUCAGAUGUAACGUCAUUUUUACGUGAUUUGUCAAAAAAAUGCCACAACAAAAUUUUUAAACUGGAUACCAGAAAAAUGGAUAACGUUACGUAAAUAUUUCAAGAAUGGUGAAUUCAAUCAAGAGAGCUUUUACUUCAGACAAUCAUAAGUCGAAAAUAUGCCAAUAGCCGCCAUAAAGUUGCCAACUAUAGCUUUGGACCAAGCAUGAGUGCUAGAGGCAGAUCUGGAGGUAGUUCAGGCAACGAUGGCGAAGGCAUCGGCGCAUGGCUGCCCAUGAUAGGCGGAGUGGCCGUGGGUGCUGGACUCCUGGCCUUGAUCUACAAGCUGUUCUUUAUGAAGGACAACUGCCCGCACAUCGACCCUAAGAAACGCCGCUGGCCCUUGGAGAAGAAGUCUUGGUUCUCGUUCAAAUGACACGCAACGUUAAUACUAAUAAAUAACUCA